CUCACACACACACACACGCACACAGAGCAACAGGCAGUGAGAAGAAGCCCACCCCACCAAGCGCAAGCAAAGCAGAGCAGAGCGGAAACACGUCAAAAACAACACACCGCAUCGGGCGCAUCCGCUUCUAUCAGGAAGACAACAAACGCCUCAUCGUCGUAAGGGGCACGCGAACCACACAUCAAAUGUCUUCGGCGUCUGCCAAAGCAAAGGCAAAGCUGGAGGAGGUCCUCGCGGCCGCCAAGGGCGACGCCUCAACCUACCCUUCGAACCGCGUGUGCGUCACGCGCCACCCUUCGGCCGGACCGUGCGACAUGACGAAUACCAUGUCGCGCCGCCGCUCGAGCACCACGAGCCAGGGCUCCGCCUCCGAUGGCCGCGUCAAGACGUUUCUCAAGAGCAUUGUCUCGCCGCCUGCGUACUAACGCGUGGGUCGCCGUGGUGCUGGUCUCUGCGUACGGGGUGCUGUUUACCUGCCGGGGCGUCGUGGGGAGCGGCGGCGGCGGAGGCGGUAGAGGCGUCGGGGCAAGACAGAUUGGUCCUCGAGAUGACGAGGUGGGCGUUAUCGCGGGUGGUGUGAAGAAAGAUUGACCGAUAUCUCGGCUGGACCGCGGUGAAUAAGGGAGGGUGUCGUUGGAUGGGAAGACGAGGGGCAACACCCUUUGCUGGUUGCACCACCGCAGUCACGGUUUGACAUAUCUUUGGACGGCUGGUACGUAACAUUAAUAUAUAUAGUCCGUUGCGGUCUCGCCGCUUUCAUGCGCUGG